AUGAGCUCUAAAAUAAAAGUUGCCUUGAAAGUUGGUAUUAUCCAAGUGAAUCCACAGAUAGGAGAAGUGGAAAAAACCGUGGCAAGAGUAUGGAACGCAUUAGAAGAGUUGGAGAAGAAGCUAAAUUAUGAUGAGUCGUUAUAUCCUGACCUACUUGUGUUUCCUGAAUUUUCACUUAUAGGUUAUCAUUUUGAGUCGAAGGAACAAAUUAGGCCAUAUGCUGCCACUGGAGACAUGAAAAAUGGUCCUUCUUAUGAAUUAGCUGCUAAAAUUUCAAAGAAGUUUAAUUGUUAUACAGUUAUUGGUAUGCCUGAAAUAUAUAUUGAUCACAAUGAUAAUGAUAGGGAAAUUUUUUAUAAUUCAUCAUUAAUGGUAAAUAAAGAAGGCGAGAUACUGUACAGAUAUAGGAAAUCAUUUUUAUAUACACAAGAUUAUAAAUGGGGUUGUGAAGAGAAUCCAGAAGGUUAUCAAAAUUUUGAUUUAGAAUUUAAAGGAAAGGGUACAAACUUGACCACGGGAGAGAAAAAUAUAGACGUUACCUUAAAAACGGGGUUAGGACUUUGUAUGGAUAUGUCUCCUUAUAAAUUCAAAUCACCGUUCCAUGAUUAUGAAUAUUCUACUUGGCAUUUGGACCAUGGAACUGAAUUAAUGAUAUUUUCGAUGUGUUGGCUACAUUCAAGUGCAUUUUCAGAAAUGUCAGAGCAAACAGCAGAAGAAGUGAUUGAAGAUAUAGAGGAAAAUUUAAAACUAAGGAAUUUGCCUCCAAUAGGUUCACAAGGUGAUUUUACUUUUAAUUUAGACAAUGAUGAUGAUAUUGAACGUAUUGCCAAUCCAAAUACGACGAAAAUCUCCUAUACAAAUCUGAAGGAACCCGAUAUGCAAAACAUUAAUUACUGGAUACUUAGAUUUUCACCGUUUGUUUCAAUGAAUAUUAGACAAGAGGUGUUUGAUAGUGGACUUGUAGAGUCGCAACUUAACAAACCUUCUCAAAUUAGAAGAUCAUCCUAUAUAGGUUGCACAAUAGAGAAACCGUGGGGAUUUGAAGACAAACAAGCUAUCUUAUUGCUGGCAAAUAGAUGUGGGAUUGAACAAAAGUGCAAAGUUUUUGCUGGCAGUUCAAAUAUAAUGAAAUUCAAUGGUAAAUAUCAAGAAACAGCGUAUGGAAUGGAUAGUACAAAUGAGAGUGUAGAAUUAUUAGGUGGGUUAACCUUAGGAUACGAAGGGAUCCUAUUACGUGAUGUCAAUAUUACUGUUAAUCGGUAA